CGCAAUUAUUUAUUGCGAUAUCCGGUGGGAAGUGACGUCAUUGCCGCCGAAAAAUCAAGACGCAGCCGGAAGUUGUCGUAACUCGCUGUAGAUGGCGCCACCCGGCGUAGAUGGCGUGACUCGUCGUAGAUGGCGCCACUGCGGCGCUCGGGCGAGUUAAUAAAAGAAGCUACGCAGUCGUCGGAGCGCCACUACGUUUUCGUAAUUCGAAGUGUAAACUUGAAUAGUCGGACGGAGUUAUUUUGAUUAUAUUUUGAGUGUAACUUUUGUAAUUAUUUUAAAGUUAAAUAUAUUUAGUUCAGUGAAGGCGUUGUUUCACUUUUCGUUAACAUCCGAAGUGAGACCAGUAACCCACGCAUCAUGGGGAAACGAAGUAAGGAGAAAAAACGGCCGUCAAGAAAAAGGGCUCGCUCGAGUUCAAGUUCGAGUUCGAGCAGUUCGAGUUCAAGUCGGAGCAGUUCGAGCAGCGCCAGGACGCCGUCACCUCCACCGAAACAAAGGAAAAGCAUUUUAUCUAGACCUGAAGUGCCUGGGGCAGGCACCGCGCAGAAUGGCCGUGUUGGCAAUCGCAAUUAUUUAUUGCGAUAUCCGGUGGGAAGUGACGUCAUUGCCGCCGAAAAAUCAAGACGCAGCCGGAAGUUGUCGUAACUCGCUGUAGAUGGCGCCACCCGGCGUAGAUGGCGUGACUCGUCGUAGAUGGCGCCACUGCGGCGCUCGGGCGAGUUAAUAAAAGAAGCUACGCAGUCGUCGGAGCGCCACUACGUUUUCGUAAUUCGAAGUGUAAACUUGAAUAGUCGGACGGAGUUAUUUUGAUUAUAUUUUGAGUGUAACUUUUGUAAUUAUUUUAAAGUUAAAUAUAUUUAGUUCAGUGAAGGCGUUGUUUCACUUUUCGUUAA